GAUGGCAAUUAUCUAUAUUUUGUCAGCCUCCGUAGUUUUACCGCUUCUUCUCUAUCUUUAUUUCACAAGACAUUUCAACUAUUGGAAGAAACGAAAUGUCCCCGGGCCCAAACCCGUACCGCUUUUCGGGAACUUAAUGGAAUCGGCACUGCGGAAGAAGAACAUUGGUAUCGUGUUCAAAGAAUUAUAUGAAAACUUUCCAAAUGAGAAGGUCGUUGGAAUUUACCGCAUGACAACACCCUGUUUGUUGAUACGGGACCUGGAUGUCAUCAAAAAUAUAAUGAUUAAAGAUUUCGAUGUGUUUGUCGAUCGAGGAGUUGAACUAAGCAAAAGUGGUUUGGGCGCUAAUCUUUUUCAUGCAGAUGGGGACACUUGGCGUGUACUUCGUAAUCGAUUCACGCCACUCUUCACUUCAGGAAAGUUAAAGAAUAUGCUUCAUCUUAUGAUUGAGCGCGCCAACAAGUAUAUAGAACACGUCGAAAUGUUAUGCGACCACCAACCGGAGCAGGAUAUUCAUACGCUUGUCCAGAAAUACACGAUGGCCACCAUUGCGGCUUGUGCUUUUGGUUUAGAUAUCGACACGACGGAUCCAAACAAAGAUCAACUGAAAACAUUAGAAGAAAUCGACAGGCUGUCACUAACUGCAAACUUUGCUUUUGAAUUGGACAUGAUGUAUCCGGGUGUUUUGAAAAAGUUGAACAGUACAUUGUUUCCGGGAUUUGUGUCUAGGUUCUUCAAAGAUGUAGUCAAAACUAUUAUCGAGCAAAGGAACGGUAAGCCCACAGACCGGAAUGACUUUAUGGAUCUCAUUUUGGCUCUGAGACAAUUGGGUGAUAUCCAAGCAACAAAGAGAAACUCGGAAGACAAGGAAUACAGUAUUGAAUUGACGGAUGAAUUAAUAGAGGCUCAAGCCUUUGUGUUCUAUAUAGCGGGAUAUGAAACCAGUGCCACUACAAUGACCUUCAUGCUGUAUCAGUUAGCUUUAAAUCCUGACAUUCAAGAUAAAGUUAUAGCUGAAAUUGAUCAAGGUCUAAAAGAAUCCAAAGGGGAAGUCACCUACGAGAUGCUUCAGAAUUUAACGUAUUUCGAAAAAGCAUUUAAUGAGACCUUGCGUAUGUACUCGAUAGUGGAACCUCUGCAAAGAAAUGCAAAGAUAGAUUAUAAGAUACCUGAUACGGACAUAGUUAUUGAGAAAGGAACAACAGUUUUAUUCUCGCCCUUAGGGAUACAUCACGACGAGAAGUAUUAUCCCAAUCCAAGUAAAUUUGACCCUGAGAGAUUUUCUCCAGCUAAUAUCAGCGCGAGGCAUCCUUGUGCUCACAUACCGUUCGGCACUGGUCCACGUAAUUGCAUUGGGAUGCGGUUUGCGAAAAUUCAAAGCAGAGUGUGUAUGGUGAAAAUGUUCUCAAAAUUUCGUUUUGAAUUAGCAAAGAAUACGCCUAGAAAUUUGGAUAUCGAUCCUACAAGGCUACUUCUCGGCCCAAAGGGUGGCAUUCCUUUGAAAAUUGUAAGGCGAUGAAAAGGAAAAAAAUGCAACGUUAUGGUUUCCAACCACUUUUGCAAACCCAAACAUCUUAUUAAGCAUUAGAUUGUUUCUGAUACUUCAUUUUAUUUCCAUCAAUGCCAAAUUAGCAAGAAAUUUUAGAACUGUCUCGAGAUGAAAGAGACUUCUUUGAACACAAUUCAACUUAAAAUUUGAUGACAGAAUAAAAAAACGGAGGUAUAUGUACACGAAGCUGCUUUAUUUUACUUGUCUGUUCGGAUGGAUUAUUUUAAUUGAAUAUAAAGUAUUUUUUUUAAUUUUUUAAACUUAAAAAUUAAAACAAGCCACAAAGUAUUCUGACA